UUGAAGCUGUGCAGGGGCAAUUUGUGUUGCUAUGUGCCGCUUUUUGAACGAGGGUUGGAGGCAUUGAAACGAAGCUCUCCACAUUCAUUAUCCGUGCGUCCUACACGUCCUGCACGGAACAGGACCCUGCUGCAGAAAGACUGCCUUCUCCAGAAUAUGCCUUGUCUCCAUGGUAACAGGCCUCAGGCAGACCCAGAAAAAACAUUGGGCCAAACUCAUCCACUCUUGUCCAGCCUACCUGAUCCUGGACUGCACUGAAGAGGACUUGAAUUUCACAUGUUUAAAGAUUCUUUAUUCGUUACUAAUGUCCUCCAUUGAUCCAUGCAUCCAUAUUAUUUGACCAAUUAGAGUGCAUUCACAGCACCCAUAAUGUCUGAAGCAGUGCCUGCAUUUUAAAUUGAUGUCAUUUUAAAAGGGAUUGAACUCUUUUGGGUUACCAAUGCACAUGACUCUGUGUACUCUCUAAAUGGUCCCUUAGAGCCAAGAAAAAAACAUUAUGUCAGGGAUAUAUUCAUUCUCAAUUAAGGGAUCUUAAACUGGACAGGACCUGUGCCAAACUAGUCCAAAAGGUGUCCUAAACUAGGACCAGGAUGCACCAGCUGUUCAGCCAAGUGUUGGGGCAAAGGGAUCUGUCCAGAGCUGGAGAUCUGUUUUCUCUGGAGGACGCAGAGAUCGAAGACUGUCUGUCUCAGGCUUUGGACCAGAUCAAGGCCAUCUCCUGCUCACCGGACUAUUUGACCAAUGAUAAUGACCAGGCUGUGGUGGAGAUUUGCAUAACGCGCAUUACCACGGCCAUAAGGGAGACGGGCUCCAUCGAGCAACACAGCACGGCGUUGGUGGGCCUGUGGGAGUCGUGUCUGGAACAUAACCUCACCCCGCAAGGUGAAAACACAGAGGACACACCGCACGCUAAGAUUGCCUCCGACAUCACCAGCUGUAUCCUGCAGAACUACAGCUGUCCGUCAGUCAUGGUCCUGGCAGUCCCGGUAGCGGUGCGGUUCCUGCAGAGAGGGAACAGGGAGCUGAGCAGGAACAUGUCCAGUUAUCUCUCCCUGGCUGCUAUAGCCAAAGCUGAUCUGCUAGCUGAACACACAGAAGCCAUAACACUCAGUGUCCUGAGAGGUAACCACAUGCUCCUACGGGUGUUGCCCUCAGUCUACCCCAGACAACCAGAUACAAUCCACUGUCACCUAGGCAACCUCACUGCAAUGAUGUCGCAGCUGGACUUCCCAGAGCAACAACACCUGAUCAGACUCAUUCAAAUGGUUGCCGAGCAACAUCCACUUAUUCUGAGCCCUCAGGUGCCCACACUAGUCAGUUACCUAGAAGACCAAUCACUAACUGAGGCCCUACUGGGCGCGCUCGUGGACGUGUCACAGGCCAGCCCUUCCUCUCUGGUCAGCUUUCUGCCAGCUCUGAGGAUUGUGGGACAGCAAUGUCUUACUCUCCUUGGUCAUGUAGCCAAAAUCCAUGGUGCAGUGGGUAUCAUCAGCGAGACUCAUGCUCACAGCUCGUUGGUCUACCUGGUGUCCCUUCUGGGCAGCAUGGAGCACAGCUUUCAUCACACACUGCUGCUGGAGAUCAGAGGUCUGACUGAUCGUUAUCCAUCUUUACUGGGAGGUUGCGGGAAAGACAUCUACAGAAUGAGCAACUCGUUCACUGCAAUAGCCAGACUGCUUGGGAGAAGACUGGAGGAGAGCACGGCCGUGCACUGCAGGGGGGACGAGGCGUGCUUGCCGUCUCCCUGUGCAUCUUGUCCAGGAGGUGGAGGAGGGGGAGGUGGAGGAUCAGAGCAGCGCCUGCAGGUGAAGAUCCAGGCAUUUGAGGAGAAAAUGGGGGAGGAGGGGGGAGAGGAGGAGGAGGCGGAGGAGGACUCUCCCGCCCCCCAGCGUCGCUACAGCCUCAGCCAAGCCGUCAGGGAGGAAAGACGAGAGAUGAGAUUCAACAGGUCAAAGAGCCUGGCCCUACAUGCUGUGCGCUCGCGCUCCAUCAACUCAGACACUGGGGAGGACGGGGAGGGAUUGGAGCCGAGCCCAGACAACGUCUUCUCCAACACGGCUGUGAAUUCGCACUCAGAAAAUCAAGAAGCACUGGCUUCUGAGAGGAAGAUGACAGGUGAUGGCUCUGUGCCCAUCACUGCUGCCCUGGACAGAGGGGUCAAGGAAGCUGAGAGAAGUCAAAGCAGAGAGAAAGAGGGGGAGAACGAGGAGCACGAGGAAGCUGACAGACUCUUCAUUCAUUUAAGAGACAAUAUGGAGACGAUCAGAGAGUUCUGUAAAGACAUGGCGCAGCAGAUUCCCACACCAGAGCAGUGUGUGAUAGAAGAUUCAAAUCGAGGAUGUGUGGCCAAGCUGUCGUUCUCCUGUCCUCUUAAGGGCCACUACUGUCUUUACGCCAAGUCCUGUUUCAACCUGACCAGCCGACAACCUCACCUUUGGAUACACAUCAUGCUGCUACAUCUGCAGGGUAAAUCCAGUGUCCCUCUGUGCUCCAGGGACAAGUGUGUCCAGAGACUUGCUUCUCUUUGGGAGAAAACACAACUAAAAGGAGCUCACAGUUUCCCCAUGGCCAUGACACAGCACACAACCCCACACAGGAAGGACCUGGACAGUCUGCAGAUUCAGCUGGAAGAGGUACGUUUCUUUGACCUUUUUGGCUACAGUGAAGAAGAGGGAGGUUGGCUCUGCUUCAUGUGCAACAACCCUGAGAAGGCCACAGUUGUGAACCAGGAGGGACAGCCUCUGAUCGAGGGGAAGCUGAAGGAGAAGCAGGUCCGCUGGAAGUUCAUCAAGCGCUGGAAGACCCGUUACUUCACCUUGGCAGGAAACCAGCUACUCUUCCGGAGAGGCAAAUCAAAAGACGAGCUGGAUGACAUUCCUAUUGAGCUGAGCAAGGUGCAAAGUGUCAAGGUGGUAGCCAAGAAGCGGCGUGAUCGCGGCCUGCCGCGUGCCUUUGAGAUCUUCACCGACAGCAAGACGUACGUGCUGAAAGCUCAGGAUGAGAAACAUGCUGAGGAAUGGCUGCAGUGCAUCAACGUGGCCGUGGCUCAGGCCAGAGAGAGGGAGAACAGAGAGGCUACCACUUACCUGUGAGAUCAACGCAGUUCGCAAAUGAGGACACGUACUGUAUUAUUGGCUAUAGAUGCCAUGCACACAUGCAAAUUCAUACAUGCUGUACACAAAAACAUCCACUGCCAGUAGUAUAACUUUAUAUCUAUAAUUGUUGUUAUGCAGUAUUUUUAGAAACUAAAAAGACUUUAAACCAACCGUAACAGACUCACUGUAUGAGGGAUGGUCACUGACUGUUACACUAUGGACUCAUUGAUGGACCAUCAUAAAUGAAUGUUACAGUACAACAAAUGUGAACUUACACAUUGACGUGUUCAGAAGAUCUUCACCUGACUUGACCACACGGUGAGGAAAUUUCAGCUUCUUCUGCUUAAGGCCAGACACUGCUGUGAGCGUUAAUUCAACACAAAACCAAACCAGCAUCUAUGGAAACUUGGGGGUUUUUGAGUUUAAUGACGCAUGAUGAUUGAGAUGUUUUGGAGUCCAGAGUAGCUUUUAGCAAUAAAGGCUUCAUAGAAGCACAGACCUCAUAAAGACUUAGCAAUAAUGAGACUGAACAGAUUCUAUUGAAAGCAGGAAGGGUGAAGAAGAGGAGCCUAAUGGACAGCAGACGGGAAGGGCAUUCAUCACUGGAAUAAUGUGUAUGUGUGUGUGUGUGAGAGAGAGAUAGAGAGAUGGGGGGGUAAAUGUAGUCUUAAAGAUAUAGUUUCUGAAAUAUGCUUACAAAGAGUUAGAUGAAAAGAUUGAUAUGACUCUCAUGUCUGUGACAUGUGGCCACAGCCAGAAGAUGGUUAGGUAAGUUAAGUUUAGCAAAAAAGACUGAAAAAUCCCCCCACAAGCACCUCUAAAGUUUGCUACAACUAAUAUUUGAUUUGUUCAAUUAAAUAUGGACGUCAAUUUGCCUAUGUAGCAGAAAAGUAGGGACCGCCGGCAUUGUGGAAAUGGUGGCCGAGAAAGCUUCUGGAGCUGAAGUGAACGCUGUGAAAAAAUGCGAUUAAAUGUUGGUGCAAAUGCUCGGCACGGUUGCAGAUUGACAAAGAAGAAGAAGUGGUAAAAUGUUGCAAUUAGUACUUCCGGUAAGUGCAAAACGACCAUACCUGAAUUGGUAUAAAACUACCCUGCCAAAAUUAGCGCACUACGCCAUGAAGGGUAAAAUGUACUACAAAACAAUGUACUUAGAGAAGUAUCCGAACUGAGACACAAUGUAUUUCUACCUUCAUAUUGACUUGAACCACUUGGCACAGCUGCCAAGUGUUCUGUGCGUUUAAGAAGCAGCUCUCCGCUUCACUUCAUGGAGAAUUCAUGCUGUUCCGCUUUUUGAUGGACACGGCCACCAGCCACGUCAAGAAGUACAGAGCAGAUCGAGCUGACCGGAAGCCACACAAGAGAGAAAUCUGGUAAAUUCUUUCAAAAUAAAACACCCUGUGCAGACUCCUGAAAACACAAAAGAUAAACUAUUACAUUAUGUAGCCCACUUACUCAUGGUAGAAGCACAUAAACCCUGAAAAAAAUACCAAAUCUGAGUAAAUUACCAAAGUUUGGUGGCCAAAAUGCUUCACUUUUGAAAUACUAUGGAGCCACGUGUAGAACGGAUUAAAAGAGCAUCACGACCGCAACUUCAAACCCAUGCCUGGCACAGCACCCAGUGGGAUCCAGGGGUUAGACAUCAUGAAGUUGCUCCUCCUGACCAGAAAAUACUUCAGUAGAUGGCUGCUCCAUAAAACCAACUUCUCAACCUUUGGACAGAGCCAGGCCAACUGUUUCCAACCUUUAUGCUUUAUCAGCCUCUGGUUCAUAUUUACUGUGCAGACAUGAGAGUGGUAUUGAUCUUCUUAUCUAAUUCUUGGCACUAUUCGAACUGUUGCUUUAACAUACAUAUUGUUCUCAUGUGGAACAUGGGUGUACAUAUUCAAAUCCAGUGUUUGUUUUUUAAAAAUUGCAUCAUGUAUUUUCUAUAUUUUUGAUUUAUAGUGAAUCUUUCAUAACUAACAAAACAUUAGAAAGCAACAGCGCAAACAGUUAUUUAAGAAUCUGAAAGGUUUCAUCCAACAUUUAAGUUAGGAACAUCCUCAUAUAUUAACAUAUCCUCCUUAUUUUGACCUUCUUCUUCUGGUUCUGCUUUUGUACUAAAGUGACUUAUGAAGCAACCCCUCUCAGAUUUAAUGCAGUGGUCAGAUUUCUGCUCUUUUGCAAUCUUAAUAAGGUAUGACCUGAGCUAUUUUUGGCUUUCCAAAAAGAAACGUCUGCAACAACUGACUCCAUGUUUCACUCCAUUGUCAUCUCAACUGUUGCUUAAUAGUGUAAUUUAGACCACAGAUUUCUAAGAAAACAUUCAAGUAAAUUAGUGGUUACUUUGUGGAUUUAGAAAUGGUGCCAGGUCAGUCACAAUGAUUUACGACGGUACAGUGAAAGUUUUUGUUUCGACAGCUAAGGACCGAAUCUCCAACUCAGUUAUCUUAAAACAGGCCCUUCUCAAAGCUCAGAUUUUUCUUUAGUUUAAACUGUGAGAUUAUUAUUAUUGUUAUUUUCAUUGGAUUAAGUGUAAAUUAGCAUAUGACUGUUAAAAUGUGAGCUCUAGUUUUUAUUUACCGUUUUCCACCUUAAACUGUGGCAGUAUGUUACUCACCAACACCAGACCAGGAUGCAGAUGACAAACAUGUUUUGAUCCAGUCAAGCUCUGAACCGCCUGCAACAGAGAAACGUUCACGCACGGCCGUGGCGAAUCAAUUUUGUAUGAUGUCUGAUUUUGAUCUAUAUCUGGAAGCAUAUCUGAGGUGUGUGUCUGCCUACAGGUGAAUACACUGCUCUCUUUUUUGAUAUCAAAUGCUUUUGGUUUUGGUUAAAUAUAUAAAAUUAAAUGAUCUGGAUAUAUUAAAAAUGCCCAAGGUGGUCAUAAACUUGUGUGACAGACAAGCAUGUUUACUUUGUUCUUAGUGUCCUAGAGCAAAACCCUGUUAGCGGUGUACCAGCAUAACACUCAUACAGUCAUAACACUGCCUUUCCCACCAGAUAGGGUUACCACUGUGUACCCCCACACAGCAGAGCUGACUUACACAUAAUUUUAUGUACAUUACCCUUCUCCUUUCCUUUCAUCUUGACUUCCUCUUUCCUUCUUUUUUUUUUAGAUUUAUGACCUACAUACACAGUUGGCUAUGCACCCCAGUGUCAGGGGGACUUCCAACAAUAACUGCAAUUAUUUUAUUUUAACAAAUUCUUUUUGGCCGUGCUAAGUGUCAUGGCUCUGGGGGACGUCAAUGUCCGCCUAUCUGUCAGUUGGUCUAGACUGAAAUGACUCAACAACUGAGAUAAGACAGAGAUUGGCAUAGAGAUGGUCCUCUGAGUUUUUGUGGUUUUAGGUGAAAUGUCUCAACAACGCUUCCCCUCAGAUUCAGGAUAACAUAACGAUAUAUAAAUAUUUUUAUUCAUCCCUCAACUUUUCGUUAAGUGCCAUCAUGUGGUCAAAGUUUUUCUGAUGAAUGACCAAAUACCUGCAAAACUAAUGACAUUAUCAUCAAACUCUCAAACCUAUCUGGACAGUGAAGUAUUUGUGCUAAACAAUAGUAUACACGCGCACACGUAUUACUUGACUGUAGCUGCAACAAGCAAAUGUUAUCUCCACUAUCCUACCCUUCACUCUAAAUGUACCAUGGAGCUUUUAUUGCAGUAUUGAUUGUUUGGUGUUUCAAGUGAAUGUCUGAUCAUAUGAAUGUCAAAGUUGUCUAGAAGUUUAAAUGUGAACACUCUCUGCCAUCACGCUGCCAUGUUGGCCUAGAUUCCAGAGCUUUGGGGCCAGUAUCUUUAGCUAAAAAGAUCAGUUGUUUUAGGGUAGUAUUCCUUUUACAGACGAUGUUUGUAGGCAGCUGAGUAAAGAUCUAUCUAUCUAUCUAUCUAUCUAUCUAUCUAUCUAUCUAUCUAUCUAUCUAUCUAUCUAUCUAUCUAUCUGUCUAAAGCACAGUGAGAUUACAUUUACAGUGUUGAAAGCAGAUAAAAGGAUGGAAACACUGCUGUAGAUUUCAGCAAUCACACACACUGUAUACGUGAAGAUGAUCGACACAAGUAUUAAAGUUUCUGGAUGUAUGAAAACAGUUUGGAGCAUAAAUAUCAGCCUUGUGUAAAGAAUCAUAGUUUUUUUUUUAUUCAGUGUGUUGUUAAAUUACAUUUGCUUUUAUGUUUGACUUUUGGUAUAAGGUCAAUAUUUAUUUUUUACAAGUGCUAUUGUAACACUUUGAUCAUGUCUGGAAAGACUAGUGAAACAAUAAAUGACAAAUUGUCGCCUCUGUGUCUUCCCUUA